CCUGAGAUGGCGGCGGUGGCGGCGGGCGCGGCGGGCGGCGCGGCCCCUCAGCAGCAACCGCCGCCUCAGCAGCAGCCGCAGCCGGCGGCAGGCGGGGCGGCGGGCGCCGGGGAGCAGGGGGGAGGUGGUGGCGGCAGCGGUAGUGGGGCCGGUGCUGGUAGCGGCGGUGGAGGAGGUGGAGGAGGAGGAAGCGGUGGAGGAGGAGGAGGUGGAGGUGGUAGCGGUGGCGGAGGAGGAGGUGGCGGCGCGGGCCCCGCAGCGGGGUCGGGCGGCCCCGCUGGUGGAGGGGAAUCGUGGUACCUGGCUCUGCUGGGCCUGGCCGAGCAUUUCCGCACAUCCAGCCCGCCCAAGGUGCGGCUCUGCGUGCACUGCCUGCAGGCCGUGCUGCCCCGCAAGCCCCCGGCCCGCAUGGAGGCCCGCACGCACCUCCAGCUCGGCUCCGUCCUCUACCACCACACCCGCAACGGCGACCAGGCCCGCGGGCACCUGGAGAAGGCGUGGCUGAUAUCCCAGCAGAUCCCCCAGUUUGAAGACGUUAAGUUCGAGGCCGCCAGCCUUCUGUCCGAGCUGUAUUGCCAGGAGAAUUCCGUGGAUACAGCAAAACCUCUGUUACGCAAAGCCAUUCAGAUCUCACAACAGACUCCAUACUGGCACUGUCGAUUGCUUUUUCAGCUCGCACAACUACACACGCUUGAAAAAGACUUGGUCUCUGCCUGUGACCUUCUUGGAGUUGGAGCAGAAUAUGCACGGGUGGUGGGAUCUGAGUAUACCAGGGCGCUGUUUCUGCUGAGCAAGGGGAUGCUCCUCCUGAUGGAACGGAAGCUUCAGGAGGUGCACCCGCUCCUCACUCUUUGCGGACAGAUAGUUGAGAACUGGCAGGGAAACCCCAUCCAGAAGGAGUCGUUACGCGUGUUCUUCUUGGUGCUGCAGGUCACGCAUUACCUGGAUGCUGGGCAGGUGAAAAGCGUGAAGCCGUGCCUAAAACAGCUCCAGCAGUGCAUCCAGACCAUCUCCACGCUGCAUGACGAUGAGAUUCUGCCCAGCAACCCUGCCGAUCUCUUUCACUGGCUGCCCAAGGAACACAUGUGCGUGCUCGUCUACUUGGUGACAGUGAUGCAUUCCAUGCAGGCCGGGUACCUGGAGAAGGCUCAGAAGUACACAGACAAAGCACUCAUGCAGCUAGAGAAGCUAAAAAUGUUGGACUGCAGUCCUAUCCUGUCAUCUUUCCAAGUCAUUUUGUUGGAACACAUAAUCAUGUGUCGGCUCGUCACGGGACACAAAGCCACAGCACUGCAGGAGAUCUCCCAAGUCUGUCAGCUCUGCCAGCAGUCUCCCAGGCUGUUUUCCAACCACGCUGCCCAGCUGCACACACUCUUAGGGCUCUACUGCAUUUCUGUGAACUGCAUGGACAACGCAGAAGCACAGUUUACGACAGCACUGAGGCUCACAACACAUCAAGAACUCUGGGCAUUUAUUGUGACCAACUUAGCCAGCGUCUACAUCAGGGAAGGCAACCGGCAUCAGGAGCUUUACAGCUUAUUGGAAAGGAUAAAUCCAGACCAUAAUUUUCCUGUCAGCUCCCACUGUCUUCGAGCGGCGGCUUUCUACAUCCGAGGGCUCUUUUCCUUCUUUCAAGGAAGAUACAAUGAGGCAAAGCGAUUUUUACGAGAGACACUGAAAAUGUCAAAUGCUGAAGACUUGAAUCGACUGACGGCAUGUUCUCUCGUGCUCCUGGGUCACAUAUUCUACGUGUUGGGGAAUCACAGAGAAAGCAACAAUAUGGUGGUGCCGGCCAUGCAGCUUGCAAGCAAGAUCCCAGAUAUGUCCGUGCAGUUGUGGUCCUCAGCGCUGCUGCGAGACCUGAACAAAGCCUGCGGAAACGCCAUGGAUGCACAUGAGGCAGCGCAGAUGCAUCAGAACUUCUCCCAGCAGCUCCUCCAGGACCACAUUGAAGCGUGCAGCCUUCCAGAACACAACCUCAUCACGUGGACAGAUGGACCCCCGCCGGUACAGUUCCAGGCACAGAACGGACCCACCACCAGCCUGGCCAGUCUCCUGUGAAACAGAAAAACCAUCGGGACAACGUGGGUAAAAAUUAAAACAAAAUGCCAAAAAAAAGGAGCAAAAAAUUCAUGCAAAAUCUUUUCUUCAAAGAAAAGGCAGCGAAUUCCUCUUCUAGCGAGGGCCUUGUAGGAAACCGAGUGCAUAAAGACAACGUACAUUUCAUAGACUUGCAAAGCGAGAAGGGCGUUUUAAGCUGCUUUUACGUAAGGUGUGUGACUCUACAGGUAGUGUGUCUGUCCCUUGGGGUUUAAUCCUCUUACCUCUCGCGAGAGCUCCAGGUUCGUCCAAAGGAUGCUUGUUCCUUAUGUUGCUGGGUACCUGCUGUGUGAAAAUCAACACAGGCAAUGAAGAAGACUCGUGGGUUUGAAUACUUGUUGUAGUCUAGGUACCUAAACCCUGGAGGGUGGUGCAUGCCAGCGCUCUGGUUUGGGCUGAAGCCAGUUUUAUUCUUUUCUGUGCCCUUCCGCUCCUGAGAAUAAUUGGAUGAAAUCGCGAUUGAUUGUGGGGUGCCCUAAAGUUCUAAAUUUCGUUUUUGAGGUUAAACUCUCUCCUCAUUGUGUGCAAGUCGUUGCCCGUGCUGUUUGUAGCCAUGCGGUGGUGAGCUGGGCGAGAUCUGAGCUCUGAUGGGCAGGGUGUUUGCGGCCGGGUGUGUUCGGGUCCUCGGCGGGGGCUGUGGGCUGAGCAGAGCAGGCUCGCGCCGUUGUCAGAGGAGCAGGAUCCACCUCCUGGGUUCCUGUGCCACCGCUUUGUCCGUGAGAGGGUCUUCUGUCCCCCUGUGCUGACCUCCAGUCCCACAGAGGUGAGAACAGCAGAACCACAGCUCUCUCCAUCUCUGCUCUGGAGCAGGGGUCGUGUGGAAGGAGGGAAGUUCUUGCCUUCCUGUCUGUUCCUUGAGAGCCAAGCAGUGGGGAACCAGAGUUGUGUGUCUGUGCUGCGGCCGCACCAAGGGGAGGCAGCAUCUGUGCCUUAAUGAUUUUACAAGUUAUUGAAGCUGAAGUUAAGCUGGGCACUUAGAACCCAGAUCCAGGAUCAGCCACUUACGAUAGAGACUGAACUACAGCCCGGCAAAAACUUAUCUUUCCAAACUGUUCCAUGUUAGCGUUCCUGUUCUGUCUCAGUUUUCUGAACUCCUCAGCUCUGAAUUCUUACUGUGUUUGCCUGUGCGUCUGCAGCUGCCUCAGAACAGGAGACCAGGCCCAAGUUUGUUCUGCAGAAAAGAGUACAAGAGGCGUUAAUUCCAGGAAGCAGCAGCAGCUUUAGAGUGAGGAUGUGUUCCAGCCCGCCAUAGUGCCCUGUAAGGCUUUGUGAGGUUUGUGGGCCUGAAUAAAAGUGUUUUUCUCUGUUGGUAGCUCUGCAUAUUUAUCUCCUAGUUUAAAAAGGGGAGGGAAAAGGAUUCUGCCAGAAAAAUCAGUUGUGUAGGGCUGUCCGAUUGCUGCUUUUUGUGAGAGAGAGGAGAAGGUUUUAGAGGAACUAUUUGACUCCCUCUAAACCUUUAGAAUUUUUAGCAUGGAAGGGAUACUGAGAGAUAUGUCUUUAAUCAUAGAAUGGUUUGGGUUGGAAGAGACCUUAAAGAUCAUCUCAUCAUCUGUUGGGUGUGCGUGGGAAGCAGCGUCUCUCUGGGGGCUCCCUCCACGUGUCACUGAGCUGCAAGAACACCGUACCUGGUUUAAGCGCCUGAGUGCGAUGGCCAUUUUCUCAGCAGGGCUCUCAGCAGCUGAGGGACGACUCAGGACUGGAAAAGGUGUGCUUCAACAUCUGCUGGAGUCCCAUUUGGGUAACCCAGGGGUUCUGUUUGUCAUCCAGUCUGAGGCUGUUUAACAGAUUACAAACCCAUGGCAACUAUAUUAAACUGUUCUAAAUGCUGGCCAAAAUAGUGCCGCUUCUAUAAGGCAAUAUUAAAAACCCGCCAACUCCAGAGAGCUGUGCUUUGGGAUUAGGGUUAGAAAAGCGUUUUGCAGCAGGCGAGGUGUCCACCAGUUCAGGUCUCUGCAUUUCUGACCUCAUCCUGCUGCUCAGGGACCUGCGGAGCUGGAGGUUGUGUUGUGAGAGCGCAAUUUGUGGUGGCAAUUUUCUGUUAGUGCUUGUGUGUGAACCAGGCUGCUUUGUAGUUGGGAUUCCUUGCCCGUCUGUUCUCGGGAGAGAAGGAAGUACUCGAGGGAAAGGCUGCCAGCCUGCUUCGGAUGCAUGUGCACUCAGGUUUAACAGGAACCAUUUCCCAAAUGUACCGACAGCGGGAACAGGCUGGGGUUGCUCCGUCCGUGCCGGGGGGCAGCUUCACCCAGGCUGUCCUGCUCUGCAGAGCAGCACUCGGCCGCGCUCGCCCCCAGCCCCGCAGAGUUCAGACCCUUGCUCCGUUUCCAGCAUCCUCUUCCAUCACAGGAUUUCAGAAAUCAUGUAAAUUUGAAAAUAACUGGGUGAUUUUUUUAUCUCUAAAACUCAAUGUACAUUUGUUACAAUGUACAGCGCUUUUUAACUACACUUGUAUAUUAAAUUAUUGAAUAGUUUUGCUUUGCAGUACCUUUUGUAUGUAGCAGAGAUUAAAACAAGGAACCUCAUAACUGAAGUUCUUCCUAAUUUUCGAAUGCGUGUGUAAAGCUGAACGGAAAACUAGAAGUUUACAGUUAACAGAAGGUUCUGUUAAGUGCUUGCUCUGUCGAACUUGAUCUGAACAACAGAUUUCUAAUCGUUCUUGUCCAAUCGUUUAAUUCUCUAUAGAAACAAACACGAAGUGUUUUAUGAUCUUCUAAAAAAAAAAAUUAUUCUUCUAAAGAUGUAAUUUAGAGAACUGUACAGUUUUUUUUCCUCUGGUAUUUUUAAAUGAGUAGCAAGAACUCGCACCGAGGCAUCUGCUCCCGGUCUGUAGAUAGUGUAAAACUUAUGUGUGCGUAGAGAACGCAGUCGGAAGAAGCGUUUGCCUGUUGUGUUUCAGUGUGAACACCCAAAAGGGCUGAGUAUAUGGGGAAUCCGGAUUGGGCAGCUGGGAAUUAAAAUAAGGAUAAAAAUGAUGAAGACUUUCUCCCCUGCGACCCCUGUGUGCACUCACUGUGCCACCACCAGCCAAAGUUAACACCGACACCACGUCAGGGCCUCGCGCUGCCUGUGGCCACGCGGAGCAUGGCACAUGUUCUGUGUUAACUCACUGCUUUAAUUGUAUUCAGUUUUCCCAACCUCUGGAAGGUAAAGUGAUGGCGGGAGGGGUUUGGGGAUGUCUCGUAUUACUUUGGGGAUCGCUGCCCUCUCCACAUCACACCGAGUGCUCCCGUUUCUGUAACGCGUGGCAGCUCUUUCCGCGGUGGUGAGAAGGAAAUCGCGUCGGUGGUUUGGUUUGUACAGAACACGGAGAAAUGAGGAUGGAGUAACCCCCGUCUGUGCUUUUCUACUGUCUGUCCUAGCGAGCGUAUUUAAUUGUUUCCCGCAACGAACCUUUAAGUGUUUUGUCGGGUGUGUACACGGUGUCGUUAUGUGUUUGUAGUUCUCCCUCGGUAGCAGGAUGCGUACCUUCUGCCUGCGCUCCUCCUGAAGCUGUACAUACUCGAACUUGUGGAAUGAGAUGGAACCGGGGCCAUUCCUUUGCCUUUGUUUCCUCUCGUUUUCUAUAUUAGAAGAAUUUUUAAAUAAA